AUGCUAUAUGGUAGUCUCGGAAUUAUGUGUUCACAUGAAGAAUCCGUUCAACAUACAAUGUACGCUAAUCGUUAUCAUCAAAUAAAAAAACUCGGCCGCGGAAGUUUUGGCACAGCCUUUUUAGUACAUGAUACUAAAUCUAAACAUGAAAAGAAAGUUUUAAAGGAAAUUUAUGUCGGUGACACUUCUCCGAACGAAUCCUUAGAUGCGGAACAUGAAGCGACAAUCUUAUCGCGUCUUCGCCAUCCGAACAUUGUUCGAUUUUACGAUAGUUUUAUCGAUGGAAGUAACUUCUGUAUCGUAACGGAAUAUUGUGAAGAUGGUGACCUGGAUCAAUAUUUGAAAUCUCUACGUAAACAACGAAGUCGUUUACAAAUGGAUCAAGUUAUUGAUUUAUUUCUUCAACUGUUAUCCGCCAUUGAUUUUCUCCAUUCAAAGAAAAUCCUUCAUCGUGAUAUCAAAACUAGUAACAUAUUUCUCAAACGAAAUCAUAUUAAAUUGGGAGAUUUUGGUAUUUCACGUUUGAUGAUGAACACCAUGGAUAAAGCCUCAACUUUCAUCGGAACACCGUUCUACAUGAGCCCAGAAACAUUGAGAUACGAUGGAUACAAUAUGAAAUCUGAUAUAUGGUCGUUAGGAUGUGUUCUCUACGAAUUAAGUGUGUGUAAACGUGCUUUCGAACGAUCGAAUCUCGUGCAAACUAUGGAAGCCAUUCUUCGAGAAUCACCACCGCCACUACCUGACAGAUUUCCAGCAAAAGUACAACUACUUUACUUGCAAAUGCUUUCGAAGGAUCCGGAUAAACGCUCGGGAGCGGCUGAACUCUUGGAAGAAUUUGGUCAAAUUGAAAUCAAACCGAAUCCAAAAUCAAAAUUAUCAAGUCAAUCAUCAACUCCAAAUCUCGACAUAAAUCCGACACAUCCCGAUUUUCGUCGAUCAUUCAGUAACAGUCCAAUAGUCAACAAACACAUUCGAGCAUCGUUGCAAGUACCUUCAUCGCCCGUUCAUUCGGCGUCGUCCAUGGAUUCUGUUGAUUCUUUCGAAACUGCUCCUUCAGAUGAUAUUCAAAUACCUGAUGAAAAAUACGAUCCAUUCAGUCCUUCCGCUAGGGAAAGUAAAACUGAUUUUUGUCGAAGCAAGGCUCAAGAAUUGGUCGGUUCAGAACAUUUUACUCGCAUUUAUGAUUAUUUACAUGAUCAGCGUCACAAACAAUCUGAAGAUGCAUCGUGUACCGAUGCUAUCAUUCUUUCCGGUCUUGAAACAUUAUGUUCGAAUUCCUACGCAUGUAAACUAAUCGAUGAACUCGUUUUGUUUGAUACUGUAAAUGAAUUAAACGAACGUACUCUCAAUUCUUGA